UGCCAUGGGCGCCCCGCGUCGCCUGGCAACCGCCAGAGAGAAGGGGAAGGAGGGCCGAGGUGAACUCUCGUACCCAACGAAGUCAGAGGGGUAUCGAAUUGUGUGAUGUGAGAUGGCCUGAUAAAACACCUAAUUGAGAAGAAACUUUGCUACUUGGACUGAAGUUAUUUUUCAGAUAUCACAAGUAGUAAUAUUUGGGAGGCUGAAUUACAACACAAGUCAUGAACACCAAUGAUUUUAUAGUUCUCCCAAAGGGAAAAACUGGAAACUCUGUAAAAUUAAAAGCCAAAAAUACGCGUGAGCUGCAAGUAGAGAAAGUAAAGUUAGAACUGGAAAAUGUGGAGAUGGAGAAAAAACUACAGCAACUUCAAGCAAGCAUGAGUAGGGAAAAAGAAGAAAGAGAGUCAAGUGGAUAUCACUGGAAAUCUGGACAGGCAAUUCAAUCAGGAUAUCAAUCGCAGAGACAGUUGCAAAAUAAAGAAAAUUUUGUUAAGAUUUCUUCAGGGAAAGUAAAAUUAAAAGCACUGAAAGAGACUAGUCAAGAAACAGAGAAAGAAUCAUAUGACUACAAAAUGGCAAGUGACAGUGUCCUUGAAAAAUCCAAAACAAGAGGAAAAGCAUGUGGACAAUGCGAGAUUAAAACAGCCCAACUGGUCUGUUUAGAAUGUGGGGAAGAUUACUGUGUGAGCUGCUUUGCCAAAAUUCAUCAGAAGGGGGCAUUAAAGUUCCAUAGAACAACUCUUUUGCAGACAAAAUCUCAUGUGCCAUUCAGUAAAUUGGAUGUUGAACAUCAGUUCCUGAAGGAUGUUAAUUCUGAUGCAUCUAAGGUGAAGCAUGAUCUGAGGAAAGAUAUUAGUAAUACUCAGUUGCCAUCACAAACUCUUUUGCAAACAAACAGCUCUCAGAUAGAUACUCCGGCACUAGGCAGGACUGAGUUUGCUAAUCAGAAAGGAGGAUUAUUGCUUCAGGGUUCAUUUGAUGAAGAUGAAUCUGCCAAGUCUUUCCAGGAAAUUUUAACUCACUGGAGAACUGGAAAUUAUGGACAGAAGGAGAGGGAGAAAAAUUACUCUCAAGAGGCUAAAGCAGAUCCAAAGGCUGCAUGUGAGGUACAAACAAAUCUUAAAAUUUUGAGAGAACCACUUGAAAUUGAGUUUCAAGGAAACAGUUUGUCCUACAUGGAAAAAUUAUGGCUUAAGAAGUACAGAAGUAGUCCACCAGUAAAUGUCCCGAAUAAAUUCAGACAACCGCAAACAUCACCCGAGGAACCCGAUUGUAUUCUAAAUGGGAAAGACAAUAUUAAAGCUGAAGAGAUGCAAUUUCAUCAAACUGCUAACUCCUUAAGAGAAGACACUGAUAUAGAAAGACUUGAAGAAUCGUGUGUAAACAUAGUGGAAGUAAAUGAUACUUAUGAAGAGGAACUCAAAGGCGAGGAGAGUUUCGUGCCUUACAGAGUUGAAAUAGCCGAGUCCAACAGCCAAUGCAGUUGGAGAGUGCCUGAGUAUCAGAAGAAUGGAUUUCAUUUCGGAGCACCCCUAUGGCUUUCAACACAUCUAAGUGUAGACUGUUUGUAUUCUGCUUUAAUUAAAGAAAAAACUGACCCCUUCACCCUUUGUAGUGGCACAGAUCCGCUGCCAUGUAAAGAGAUUCAUAAAGUAUCUGCAGCAAAAACUUUCCCAGAUGAAUUGCAAAAACGAGCAAAUGCUGAUGUCCUCUCCACCAACACAGAAGAAAUGGUGCCCAGCAAUCCUUCUGACAGAUAUUUAAGACAGAAGAAAAGCAAUAAAGUUGAACAUGAUGCAUUUCUGGGUUCAAGCCUGACACCUGAGAGAACCUCAUAUCUGUUUAAUACAGAUUUUGAUCCUUCUUCCUCUAGAUCAAGAACUUACCAAAAUACUGAAGAAUACCUGAAAUUUAGCAAUUUGAAAGACAGUGCUAAUGUAGAAAUUCCAGAACUUUCAAAGCCAUCAAAGGUAUUACAAGAAAUAGCCCUUAGAAGAAAACCUGUAUCUGACCAGUAUCAAGGACUCGAAAGAUUCUUUCUUGCUGGUGCAACCUCUGUGAAAGGAAGAACCAGCCCAUUUCUUUCAGGUGGUUCAGAAUGCUGCUCUCCCAACACUACAAUUACAUUUACAGGUAAUGGGCAGUGGAUAUCUGGCAGCAGCUUAAGUGAAUUUGCUGAUGAGUCAGUGGUGCAGAGUGUUCUGUUAAGUGCCCCAAGUGAACCUUCAAGGAGAAUACAACCCAAAAUGGGACCUCCUUCCCGAAGACCCACAUCCACAAAUCUUCCUCCUGUCAAAACUCCUCAAAGGAACCGUGACCACUUCAAAUCUUUUCAUCCAGAACCACGGAGUGUUUCUGCCCAGCCAUUGUCCAGAGCCGCUUCUGAAAUUUCAGAAAUCGAAUCCAUUGAUUUAACUGAUCAAAACGAUCCUCUCUUAGAAAAUGCCACUGAUCAACAAACAUUAGAUAGUUUAGAAAAAGAGCUUGGUGUGUUGAAAAACCUUGCAGAUCCCCUGGGAGAACUUUACAGCUUACCCUACGAAGAGAUAUCAGCCUUCAACAUCCAGUUAGAGAAGAUGAGUAAGACUGUUACAGAUGUCCAUAUAACGUCAGGAAUAAAAGACCCCUGUAGAGUUGACACUCCGAGUUACCUUGGAGAAAAAAAUGAGUCUCCUACCUUGCUGUCAUCUCCGGAAAGCGACAAAGAUGAUGAUGAAGAAUUACUAGAGGAUAAGCAACAAGUCAUGGGACUCCACUGACUACGAGGAAAGUAGUUAUAAAUGUUUGAUUUUUGUCUAUUUGUACAGACUUAAAUGGCCGUUGAGUGGCUAAUUGCCUUCAGAAUUUCAAUGCAUAAUGUCUAUGCUAUUUCCAGGGUUUCUUAAUAAUAAAGAUUAGUGAAAAUAUUA